AUGAAUACCGAACGUCGUGUUUCCAUGGCGGAACGCCGCCCAUCAUUGAUGAAAUGCAAUACCGAUUUAUAUCGAACCCCCUUGGUUGUCCCUCCUUUAGCUGGGAUUGAAGAUCCGUUGCCGGAAACCACGCCAGAAAAGGUGGAUGUUGUGAUUGCUGGUACUGGGCUCGUAGAGUCUAUAUUAGCCGCGGCAUUAUCGUGGCAGGGUUCCACUGUAUUACAUAUUGAUGCCAAUACUUAUUAUGGGGACACAAGUGCUACUUUGACUAUAGAUCAGCUAAAGAACUGGGUCACAGCGGUUAAUAACCAGGAGUAUAAACAAUGUUACGAAAAUGCAAAGCUAUACGUGUCGAGUUUGAUAAGUUCCAAGGGGAAGUAUAAUUCGAGAGAAUUUGGGAUUGACUUAGCUACAAAGAUUUUAUUUGCCAAGUCUGAUUUGCUCUCAAUUUUAAUCAAUUCUAGAGUACACCAGUACUUGGAAUUUCAGUCACUUUCAAACUUCCAUACUUAUGAAAAUGACAACUUCGAAAGGUUGAAUAAUUCAAAGCAAAAGAUAUUUACCGAUCAGUCUUUGCCUUUAAUGACCAAACGAAAUUUGAUGCGGUUUUUAAAAUUCGUAUUAGAUUGGGAUAAGGAGCCUGCUGUGUGGCAGGACUACGUAAAUAGACCGAUUACGCAGUUUUUGGAGGAGAAGUUUAAGCUAGAAAAGCCCCAUAUUUCAGAAUUGGUGUUUUCGAUUGGAUUAUGCUACAAUCAUAAUACCACCACCCCAAAUGGACUACAAAGGAUUCGUCGGUACUUGACUAGUUUUGAUGUUUAUGGGCCAUUUCCUGUGCUCUAUUCCAAGUAUGGUGGCCCUGGUGAGCUUUCUCAAGGAUUUUGUAGGUCUGCUGCAGUUGCUGGUGCGACAUACAAGUUGCAGCACAAAUUGGUAUCUUACGAUCCAAAUACCAGAGUGGCUACUUUUCAAGAUGGCUCUCGGGCACAGGUGACUGAGCGAAUUGUUGUUUCACCGACACAAAGUCCUGAAAAUAGUAAAAACUUACCCGAACAAAAAUACGAAGUUCAACAUUUGACUUGCAUAGUUGAAAAGGAAUGUUCAGAGUGGUUUGGGGAGAAUGAAAACGCAGCUAUUGUUGUUUUCCCUCCUGGAUCUUUGAAGACGAACAACAAAGAAGCCGUUCAGGCAUUAAUUUUGGCCUCUGGGAGUGAAAUCUGUCCUAAGAGCACCUGUAUCUGGUACUUAUCUACAACCGAAACGGGCCUGCGUGGUGAAAUGGACCUAGAUGCGACUCUGGAGGCGAUGGAAGCCAGCAUUAUUCGAGAAUCAUCGAAUCUAUCAGAAAAGGACGAUCUUUUCGGGGUUUCUUCAGAUGGUACACCUGUGGUAAACUCCGUAAAGCUAGGCCAAUCUUUCAAGGAAUACAUCCCCCGGGAGGGUUUACACUUUUUGCUGAAGCUUUACUACAGGCAGUUUACAUCUACCCCUCCAUUUGAGGUCGUGAAUCCGUCUCUCUUCGAUUUAGAGUCAAAAUCAAAAUAUACAGUGGGCGCUAGUGAUAAUGGUGUCCUAUAUACCGCAAUGCCUUCAGGCGAGAUCUCUUACGACGAAGCCAUUACUGCUGCCAAGGUUCUUUACGAGAAAAUAGUGGGUAGUGAUGAUGAUUUCUUUGAUGUAGACUUUGAAGAUGAAGAGGAUCAAGCCUGGGAUGAAAAGACCUACGACGAAUCUGCCAUCACGGAUGAUGAAGAUGACGCAAAUAUGUUAGAGGCGGACACUAUGGAAUUUGCCGGAAAGAUGGAAAUAUGA